AUGAAUUGCAAUCUGAGCCGCCCGUCCUCCCUUCUCGCCUGCAUAAACUCCUUGGUGGGGAUCCUCAUCUCCUUGAGGAUGAACCUCCCGCCCUCCCUCACCGAUUGGAAGCACACCCAUGGCUUCCCGUUCUUCCCUAUUCCCGGUAUCGGCGGUGGCAGAUCUCCCCUCAAUUCCUUCCCCACACAAUGGCGCCCCUUGCCGUUCCCCGCCGGACACUUCUCGCAACCCUCCCGUAAAUGCGCUCCGCCCAAUUCAUCGCCGACAGUUUCCAAUUCGUCGGAGCUCUCGAACCCUAACCCCUCGGUGCACUUGGAGAGGCUCUCCGAGCUCAUUGACGAGAAGCUGUCGCUGUAG